AUGCGCAUCUUCGUCAACGACGACCGGCACGUGAUGGCCAAGCACUCGGCUGUCUACCCCACCCAGGAGGAGCUGGAGGCUGUGCAGAACAUGGUGUCCCACACAGAACGGGCACUCAAGGCCGUGUCUGACUGGAUUGAUGAGCAGGAGAAGGUUGGGGGGGAACAACCCGAGGCGGAGUCGAUGGAGACGGCGGCCGAGGAGGAGAACAAGGAAGGAGGGGAUCAGAAGGCCACGGAGCAGUUGACCCGCACCCUACGGGGGGUGAUGCGUGUGGGGCUCGUGGCCAAAGGUCUCUUGCUGAAGGGGGACCUGGAUCUGGAGCUGGUUCUUCUCUGCAAGGACAAACCCACCUCAGAUCUCUUGCAGAAGGUGGCUGAGAACCUGGAGGUGCAGUUGGCUGCCAUCACAGAAGACAAAUAUGAGAUCAUCCAGUCAGUGGGUGAUGCUGCCAUUGUCAUCAAGAACACCAAGGAGCCCCCCUUGAGCUUGACCAUCCACCCCCUGGAGCUGCUGUGUGAGAAAUCCAUCGGCACGGCCAACCGGCCCAUGGGCGCGGGGGAGGCGCUGAGACGGGUCCUGGAGUGUUUGGCCUCGGGGAUCGUCAUGCCAGAUGGUUCUGGUAUUUAUGAUCCUUGUGAAAAAGAAGCCACUGAUGCUAUUGGGCAUCUAGACAGACAACAAAGGGAAGAUAUCACACAGAGUGCUCAGCACGCCCUGAGGCUUGCUGCCUUUGGCCAACUCCACAAGGUCUUGGGGAUGGAUCCCCUCCCUUCCAAAAUGCCCAAGAAACCAAAGAACGAGAACCCCGUGGACUACACUGUCCAGAUUCCUCCCAGCACCACCUACGCCGUCACCCCCAUGAAGCGCCCGAUGGAAGAGGAUGGAGAAGAAAAAUCUCCCAGCAAAAAGAAGAAGAAGAUUCAGAAAAAAGAAGAGAAACUCGAGCCCCCCCAGGCCAUGAACGCCCUGAUGAAGCUCAACCAGCUCAAACCUGGUCUCCAGUACAAACUGGUCUCUCAGACUGGUCCAGUUCACGCUCCCAUCUUCACCAUGUCAGUGGAGAUCGAUGGCAGCACCUUUGAGGCCUCAGGGCCUUCCAAAAAGACAGCCAAGCUGCACGUGGCUGUGAAGGUCCUGCAGGACAUGGGUUUGCCCACGGGCGUGGAAGGCAAAGAGUCUGGGAAAGGCGACGAGUCUGCGGAGGAGACGGAGCAGAAGCCGGUGGUGGGGGAACAAGGGACAGUGUCCCAGGGUCACCCACAGCCCCACACCCCAAACCCCCCCCAACUCAGAACUAACUUUUUCUUUUCCUCUUGGGAUUUCACCCCCUCUUGUUCUCCUCCUGCUCAGAAUGUGAAACAACAGGGACCAAUCCUGACCAAGCACGGGAAGAACCCGGUGAUGGAGCUGAACGAGAAGCGCCGCGGGCUCAAGUACGAGCUGAUCUCGGAAACGGGCGGCAGCCACGACAAGCGCUUCGUCAUGGAGGUGGAGGUGGAUGGGCAGAAGUUCCAAGGAGCUGGUUCCAACAAGAAGGUGGCCAAAGCCUACGCGGCGCUGGCCGCGCUGGAGAAGUUGUUCCCGGACGCUCCCGUCGCCAUUGAGCAGAACAAGAAGAAAAGAGCCCCUGUCCCAGCCAGGGGGGGGCCCAAAUUCCCAGUGAAACAGCACAACCCGGGGUUCGGGAUGGGAGGCCCGAUGCACAACGAGGCUCCUCCGCCGCCCAACAUGCGCGGCCGCGGCCGGGGCGGCAACAUCCGCGGCCGUGGAAGAGGCCGGGGGGGUUUCGGUGGGAAUCACGGAGGCUACAUGAACACAGGCGCCGGCUACGGGAGCUACGGUUACGGCGGGAACUCGGCGACAGCCGGAUACAGCCAGUUCUACAGCAACGGUGGCCACUCCAACUCCGGCAGCGGCGGCGGCUCCUCCGGUUACGGCUCCUACUACCAAGGGGGUGACAACUACAACUCUGGGGUGCCCCCCAAGCAUGGUGGGAAGAAGCAGCAGCACGGGGGCCAGCAGAAGCCCUCCUAUGGCUCGGGCUCACCGUCCCACCACGGGCGGGGGGGCUUUGAGGGGGUUUUGGGGGCAGUGGGGGAGGAAAACGGGGAGUUCUGGGUGAUCGGGGGGGUGAAACGGGGGUUCGAGGGUGGUUGG